AUGAAUAAUAAAGAAUUAAAAAAUUUUAAUAAUGAAAAUCAAAAUAUUUUUUGGAAAGUAAUACAUAAUAAAGUUUUAUUUAAUUUAAUAUUUUAUUUUAUAGAAAAUGAUGAAACAAUAAAUCAAAAUCAUUUAUUUUAUCAACAUUUUAUUACAAAUAAUCUUGAUUAUUCAGAUUUAAGAAUUAAAUUUAAAAAUUUAAAAAAUUUAAAUUGGUUUGUUGAAAAAAAUGAAUAUUCAUUAUUAUUAGAUAAAUUAAAACAUAAUCAAUAUAUAAAUGUAACAACAGAAUCAUUAAAAUUAUUCCUUUCAAAAUGUGAAGAUAUUAAAAUCAUUGAUUUAGUUUAUAAAUAUUUAAAUGAUAAAAAUUUAUUACCAUUUCAAAAUUUAGCAGAAGAAUCAAUUUUAAGUGGUAAUAAAAUUUCAUUUGAAUAUUUUUAUAAUUAUAAUGAUAAUAAUAAUAAUAAUAAUGAUAAUAAUAAAUUUAUAUCAAUAAUAAAUCCAACAACUAUUUUAUAUUUAUAUGAAAUUUGUUCAGAUAUUGAAAUUAUUAAAUGUUUAAUUAAUAAUUUAAAAAAAAGAAAUCAAUUUAAAUUAAUUUAUAAUGAUUUUGUAAGAAAGAAAGCAAUCUCUUACUCUUAUUUAAAUAAAAAUUUACAAAAGAAUAUCCUUUUUCAAUUCAUUUUAUCAAAUGAAGAAUUUUAUUUUAUUCCACCUCAAUUAAUUCAACCAUCAAAUAUAAUUCAAUCAAAUACACCAAUUAUUUUACCUUCAAAUUUAACAAUUCCUCAAUUAAAUAAUAAUAAUAAUAAUAAUAAUAAUAAUACUAUUAAUAAAAUUCCAUUUGUUUAUUAUAAAGAUUGUAAUUAUGAAACGAGAAAAAAGAUAUUACAAUUAAAUUUAGUUGAAAAAAAAGUAAUUUAUAAUAGUUCAAAAUUUGAAAUUAAAUUAAAUGGUAAAAAUCAAGAUGAAGAAAUUGAUGAAUUAAAAACAAGUAUUCAUGAAUUUUUUCAAAUAUUUGGUAAAAAGUAUUUUCAAACACCAAUUCAUAUAUUAAAAAGAAUUGAAUUGAUUGAAUGUAAUUAUGAUGGUGUUGGUGGUAGUGAUGGUGAUGGUGGUGGUGAUGGUGGUUCUAUUUCAAAAUCUAAUCAAAUUAAAGAAUUGAUGGAAAUUUUAUUAAUUGAAUGUCAAUUUGAUUUUAAUUUAUUUAAAAUUUAUUAUCAAAGAUUUAAUGAUACAAAAGUAUUAGAUAAAACAGAUUCAAUAACUAAUAAUAAAUUUUUAUUAUACUUAUUUCAAACAAUGGAUUGUAAUGGAUUAUUAUAUUUUACAAACAAUCAUAUAUCUGUAACAUUAAAUGAAAGGAAUUCAUAUAUAGCAUCAUCUAAUAGUAUUACAAGUGGUGGUGAUGGUAAUAAUUUAAUAAUUAAAAUAUUUAAUCAAAAUUAUCCAAUUUUUCAAAUUAAAUUAUUAGAAUCAUUAUUAGAAACUAGUGAUGGUAGAUAUAGAAUUAUUGAAUUUAUUAAAUUUUGUAAUAAUCAAGAUUUAAUUAAAAUUGAGAUAUGGGAUACAUUAAUUAGAUAUUUAUUAUAUUCGAAUAAAUGUGAUUGUAAAUUUUUAGAUAAAAUUAUUUCAAUCGAUGGUUUCAAUAAGAAAUUAGUAUUAUUAAAAUUAAAAAAACUGUCAAAUCAAAUUAGACCAUUUGAAAAAUAUAAAUGGUAUAUUGAAUCUGUUAAACAAUUUAUUAAACCACUUGAAUAUUUUGAAUAUAACAGUUUUUGGGAACGUAAUGAAAUUGAAUCGAUUGAACAUGUUGAUUACAUUUUUGAAAAUAAAUUAUCAUCAUUUUAUACACAACAAGUUUUAAAUGAAACAAAUAAUAAAUUAAUUGAAAUUAAUUUUAAAAUCUUGGAUAUCAAUACUGCAAAUCAUUUUCAUAAUAAAUUUCCAUUCAUAUCAAAAGAACAAAUUUAUACAGAUUGUUACAUUAAUGCAUUAAUUAAUUGCACUGAUUUAAAAACAAUAGAUUUAAUAAAUAAUUUACAAGUUAAUAUAAAGUCAAUACAAUCAAAAUUAAAUUUUAAUUCAAAAUUAGAAGACUCAAUUCAAUUAUUAAUAUAUUUAUGUAAUUAUUGCAAUAAUUCAUUAUCAUGGCAACCUGAUUUCUUUUUUAAUUUCUUUUAUUCAUUAUUAAAUUUUAUUUUUAAAAAUGAUAAUUCAAAUCACAUCACUCAAGAAUUAUUAAAAGAAGUUUCAUUUAAUAAUUUUUAUUUUGAAAAUUAUAAUUGUGAAAUGAUUUUAUUAUUAUCAACAUUUAUUUUAGAAUUAAAUUUACAACAAGUUAAAUUUUUAAUAUCAAGUUUUAAUUUUAAUUUUAAUAAUCAACAACAAAUUCAGCCAAUUAAUAUUUUUAAAAUAUUUCCAAAUCAACAACAACAACAACAAGAUCAUCACCAUACUAAUGAUUUUAAAUGUAUUGUUGAAAUGAUGAAUUACCUUUUAGAUAAUGUGGUACCACCAUCAUCAUCAUCAUCAUCAUUUUCACAAAUAAUAUUAUUUGAUGAAAUUUUUAAUCAUUUAUUUAAAAGAUUAUUAAUAUCAAGUGAUAUUUCAUUUAAUGAAAUUUUAACAAUAAAAUCAUUUUUAAUUUCAAAUGGUAUAAAUUUAAUUGAUGAUACACCAUUUCAUUUAUUUAAUUACCUUUUAAUUAAAUCACCUUAUUUUUUAAAAUAUAUUUUAAAAUCUCAUCCAGAGGGUAUAGAACUAGGUGAACAUAUAUCAAUUCAAAAAAUAAUGACAUCAGAAUUAUUUAAACCAGUUAAUAAUGAUAAUAAUGUAGAAAAUCAAUCAUUUAUUUUUAAUUCAAAGUUUUUUACACUCGAUUCAAUUAUAAAAAGUAGUUUUAAUCAAUUAUUUCAAUUAUUAUCUUCACUAUACUAUUCAAAUUGGUUAAGUAGAGGUUUAGAUAGAAAUAAUUUCGAUUUUAAAUUUAUAUUAUCGAUUGGUAAAUUUGAUUUAAUGUCUGAAAUGUUAUUAAAAAAACAGUUUAAACCAUUUCCAAUAAUGAUACCACAAAUUUUAAAACUACAAGAUAUUAAAUUAAUUAAAUUAUAUAUAACUAGUUUAAUAGAAUAUUAUCAAAAUAAUGAUAAUAAUAAUAACAAUAUACAUGUAUAUAGAUUACUUUUAGAAGCAAUCAAAACAUCAAAUUUAUCAAUUACACAAAUAAUUUUAGAGAAUUUUAAUGAAUUUAAUUUGGAUAUUGAAACAUUGGAUAAAACAAUUAAAGACACCAUUAACCUUUUUGAAAAAACUGAUUCUCAACUUAUCACCUACAUAUUUAAACAUCAUUUACAUCUAUUUAAAUUUAAUAAUAAUAAUGAUAAUAAUAAUAAUACCUCAUAUAAAAAGAUUUUUGAGCAAUUUUUCAUCAAUGGUUCAAUAGAAGUAACUCAACUAUUUUUUGAAAUGUUCCCUUCUCAAUCAUCCAAAGAUUUAGAAAUCACUAAAGAUAUGAUAUCAAUAGCCCUUAAUCGUAAAAAUAUUAAUAUUAUUAAAUAUUUUUAUCAAAAUGGUAAAAUUUCAAAAAUUCCACUUAUCAAUCAUAUUAAAGAAUCUUUAAAAAAUGAAUUGGAUCUUAUUGACUGGUUAGAAUAA